UGUAUGGAGGCCGCGCGGGCCAAAAUUAGUGGACGUAGACGCUGUGAAUGCGCAUUUGCAGCCCGGUAGCUGCGAUAUUAACCUAUCAAGGAGGCAACUGCCAAGGAGCACGCCAGGCUGAGAAUCCAGCUCUACGUAGAAUCAAAAUGGCAGCCAAACGGAUUACCCAGGAGACAUUUGACAGCGUGGUCCAGGAGAACAUCAGUGAGUUUGGCAUGGAUCCAGAAGAAGCAGUGAUUGAAGCUAUCCAGCAGUUUGAGUCCCAAGGUAUAGAUUUGAGCAACGUAGUGAAGGUAGCCCCUGAAAAUGGUCAAGAACAGAAGCAUGCCGUUCUGCAGACAUUGGACUCUCUUCAGAAAGCUGUUGUUGACUCUGACUCCAGCAAAGUAGACGACCUUCUAGCAAGCUUUGCUGAGCAGUGCAGACAGGAACUGGCAGUCCGUUACCUGGCAGGGCAGAAAGGUGCCUACCCCGCUGUGAUGGCAGCUUGUCGCCUGGCGUCUGAGGACAGGUGCUCACUUUUGAAAGCCCUCAAUGCCCUCUCUGCACUUUUGGAUGGCCAGCCUGACCUCCUUGACACCUCUGGACAGGAGCUGCUGCUGCGAGUGCUGCGGGAGAGCCGGGAUGAUGCCGAGCUGACCUUUGCGGCAGUCCGUGGCAUCCGCCACGCCUGCCUGAAGCACGAGCAGAACCGGCAGGACCUAGUAAAAGGCGGCAUCCUCCCGCUGCUUGCUGGGGCCAUCGUCCGACACGGGGACCAAGCCGACGUGGUCCGGGAGGCCUGCUCAGGGCUACGCAUCAUGACGUUUGACGAUGACAUCCGGGUGCCCUUUGGCCAUGCUCAUGACCACGCUAAGAUGAUUGUGGUAGAACAUGAUGGCCUGAGGAUCCUUAUAGAGGCAGCCAAAGUCUUCACAGACAAUUGCAGCGUUCUGAGUGAAAUCUGUGCCACGCUCUCCCGGUUGGCUGUCCGCAAUGAGUUUUGCCAGGAUAUUGUAGACCUCGGAGGCUUAAAUUUCAUGGUGGCGUUGCUGGCCGAUUGUAUUGACCAUCAGGACCUGGUGAAACAAGUGCUGAGCGCCAUCCGGGCUAUUGCUGGCAACGAUGAUGUGAAGGAUGCUAUCGUCAAUGCUGGAGGGACUGAUCUCAUUGUGUUGGCCAUGAGCCGCCACCUGGGCAGCCCUCAGGUGUGUGAGCAGAGCUGCGCGGCUUUGUGCAUGUUGGCCUUGCGCAAACCUGAGAACUGCCGCGUCAUCAUGGAAGGUGGGGGGGCCUUGGCGGCACUGCAGGCCAUGAAGGCACAUCCUAGGGAAGUCACUGUACAGAAACAAGCCUGCAUGCUGAUUCGCAACCUUGUUUCCCGCACCCAAGACUUUUCCCAGCCCAUCCUGGAAAUGGGAGCAGAGACUUUGAUAACGGAAGCUCGGGCAGCACACAGAGACUGUGACGAUGUGGCCAAAGCAGCCUUGCGGGACCUCGGCUGUAAGGUGGAGCUGCGAGAGCUCUGGACCGGCCAGAAGGGAGGCCUCGCGCACUGAGAUGCCGAGGUGGUCAAGCUGGCAAGACCUGCAGAAUUCCUAUGGGCAGAAGGGGAUGCAGACUGGAAUAAAUCUGGGCUGUGUAGUUGAGGGGGACAAGUGCCCCCUCCUGACUUGUGGCAACCGGUAGGCCCAAGUCAGUUCCAAGGGGGGGGGGAGGGUUUCCUGCCUAGAUCCCAACGUUCAGUGCCACAACUGUAUUCUCUCGUGCUUGGUUAUUCCUUCCGCUGGGAAUCCUUGUAGGCUCUGCUGGCUCUUGGGGACCUACCUGCCUGCCCCUCAAGACAGGGUGGCAUUGCUGUGUAGCCACCACAACCGAACGGCCCUUCCAGUCUUAAGCGGGCAUAGCCUGCCACCUUAUUCUACAAAGCUGUAUUUUAUUUUAGUGCCAUAGUGAAGCUGGGGGGGGGAUUGCAUUUAGUACAUGGUUGUAAGUUGGCCCCCACCUGAAUGAUGGAAGGCCGAUUUGUGCCUCGGCUAGGCCUCUUCUAUGGCAACUGCUGCUACUCCCUGCUGUAACUAUGUUUGCUUUUCCAAUGUACUUUCCUUGCUUCUUGCUUCAGAGAACCAAGCCCUUUUCUUGUGUCAUCACAGUGUUGUUGAACAAAGGUGUACG